AUUAUACUGAACACAGAAGGAUUUUGUAAAAAUAAAUAAAUUAAUAAAUAAAGUUAAAUGAAAAAUAACAAUAAAAGCAUUCACAGUGGAUUUACAUUGCUGAAAGUACAAGGCAGUACUUUUGUGGAUUUAAAGUUGUUCUAACUGUAAGGGCAGUGAUAUAUAGUACUGUUUAAAACACCUGUCAGUUUAUACGCCCAUCUAUUUGACCAUGCUUUUAUUUCGAAAAAUAUCAGCUUGUUUUCCGGAACGUUGCACGGACGCUAGCAGUCGGCUAAUGACAAGCUAACCUAGAGCGGUUUGGUUUGCUGCGUUCACAAGCGCCGUUAUCACGUGAAAAUGUGGUGAAUUAAGGGCAUUUAUCUGUUCAGAGAAUAUUCAACAAACUAAAGCUUCCGUUUCGUCGCAUUUAAUUAGUAGGAAGUAGGAAAUUGGAGUCGUUUGUUAACCCAAACAUUGGAAAAACGGAGCGUCGUCUCCGAGAUCCUCCUGCUUUGGUAUUUCAAGGCCUUUUCCAACCGUUCAGAGGGAGACAGCUCGGGAAGGAAGCUUCAGGAUGCCGACUUAGGUGGACACCUGCCGCGCAGAUCAUCCACUGCGUGUCAGACAGCUCUCCUAAGGAACCGACCCUGGGAAUUAACUGAAGAUGGAUGUUUAUUUUGUAGGAUAACCAGGUGAUCUCGCAGUCACCAUGAAGCCUGUCAGCUAUCAAAGCAUGCAGUCAUCUUUGAAUGGCGGGCAUCCUAACUUUACGUUGGACCGGCUACUGAGCACUUCAAGCGUGAAAUACUGUGAGAAGUGUGGCUUUGCCUCGACGGACGCCGCAGUGUAUAAGAAGCACAUGAUGGAGCACGCAGAGACGAGGUUUUACUGUUUCAUUUGCAACCACGUGUACGGCAGCGAGGCAGAGCUCAGCGAACACCUGCAGCAGCAUACUUCAAAGUUCCCGCUGAAAUGUCCGCACUGCGGACAGGGAUACAUGAGAAAGCGAUGCCUCGUGAAGCACAUUGAACGUUUACACACUAAAAACAUUAACCAAGGACCUGCUAAGCCCGGUGUGACAAAAAGUCCCCUGGUUUCUGUCCCCAGUGCCUUAACAAGUGCAUCAACUGCUGAUCGGUCACUGCUUCCCCCCGUUGUCCAUGUGACAGUACCCACCCCAAUCGCGCCCGCUGUCAGACUGGGAAAGGAUGAACAAAGAGGGAAAACACUUAACUCUAAUGUGUCAAAUAACGGCAACAUCGAACACAUGUCGGCCUUGCAGGGUCUCAUUCAGCACAAUAGGGCUCUAACGGUCUCUCUGCCCGAGGAAGUGUCGAUACCUGCAGGCUGCCUGGUUGAACUCAUGGAGGUGAAGACGGUCAACGGGACGAAGGAGCUAAAGCUGAGGCUCAUCUCUAAACAAGAGAAUGAGUCUGUGAUAAAAGAAACAAGAACUGCAGCUUCACAUAAUAUUUUACCAGAGAAACCACCAUCGUCUACGCUGCACUGUCCAAAUACAUCGCGGUCCGUGAGCAUGGGCAUGUGCACAGUCAACAGGAAACCGUGUGAAAUCAACGUGGAGCGUCCCGCCGUCAUCCCAGCCAGCGCUCCCAAAAAACCUUCGAUUCCAGUCAGCAAAGAGACAAGUGGAUUGAAAAGAACAUCGCCAGAAAUAAUAAAUCUGGAGGCUGUCAUCCCAAACAAGGUCUCCAAAAGCCUCCUCAAUCCUGUCAGGGAAGGAAACAGUGGGUACAGACCAAUCAAAUCAGCUCCUGUGAACCAUAACACCGGCCCUCCUGCUGUCAUCUGCAGCAAGGUGGUCAGCAGGCCGAGUACCACAACAACACACGCAGGCAGCUUGGGAAAUGGUGUACUUCCGAGGGUGGUGGAGGACAGAAAGACUUCCCUUUUAGAGCAUCCCAAGAGUAUCGCAACCAGGAGGCCAUCUGACAAUAUCCGGGACCCAUCCGCUGCUGUGAAGGUGGAACCAGGGCAGAUUCACCUGAAGAGCAAGCCGGGUAAAGAGGUGGGAAGCUUGAACCAGCAAAACAGGCCAGUUUCUAAACCCUCCAGUCUUCCUCUCGUUACAGCUCCACAAACAAGACCUCCUUCAGUUUUAGUCGGCAAAGAAAGCGUUGCCAAAAAAACCUUUCCGACUUCAAGGAAUCUAAGCAUCAGACCGUCAAUACAAACAUCAAGUUCUACUAAUCAAACAAAUAGAAAUAUGUCAUCUUGGAUCCAGGAGGCUAAAUCCAAAGAGAUGGCAGGAGGAUACAUGUCACAAACACAGAAUUUUCCAGUAAUUUCUUCUGUGUUUUCGUUAAGCGAGCAGCCGCAGGAAGGCCAAGGUUUAAUGCAGCCACUGGUCAUGGCUCUGCGAGGAAUAGUGAUGGAUAAAAACCAUGUUUCCUGCAGUCCAACUCAAGACCACGGCGCAACAAUAAAUGACACAGAGCAAACGUGUAUGGCUGCCUCAUCAGAGCAGCGCGUUAACAACGUUAUUAAACUUACACCCUCCACCUGCAAAGUGUUACCGAUGGAGAAAAAGAGUGAGUCUGUUAAAGAGGAAGAGCAGGAUAAGAGCUUUCAGCAUCCACCUGUUGUGGUCCAUAAAGACACUCCCAUUAAAGAGGAAGGAAGUGUGAUUGAAGCAGCAGGAAAGGCUAAAAACAACCAUGCUUUGGCUUCAGAAUCACCAGAGUGCAAAGAAUCUAGAUGUUCCUCUAACACGGAGGCACCGGUGGCCGCAGAAAACAGACCGCCACAAACGGGCACAAGUCAGGAUGUUAUCUCCUCCAAGUUUUUGACUAUCUCUUUAAAGCGAGUUCAGGUGGGCGUGUGGAAAAAAAACAAAAAAGGACCCAAACUUGGAAUAUCCGGAUGUAAGCCUCGGGUACCUGGAGGUAGCCUCACUGACUGUACCGUUAUUUAUCCAAUGCCACUGAAGAAGGACCAGCCGGUGAAAAGACCGGGUCCCAACCAGCCGGUGGUGGUCCUGAACCAUCCGAAACCCCGCUCCUCUGCAAAGGGAAUGAAGGUGGACUCUGUCGCAGACACCUCUGAGGCCGUCCCAAAGUGCCAAAUCUUGAAGAUGAGACUGAGCAAAGUGAUGGGAGAAAAAUACGAGGUGAUGGGAUGCACCGUCGGCGGUUUUCAGUGAAUGUAUUGUCCACGUGUGGAUGUAAAUCUGCAAUUACCAGAAGAAAAAAAAGUCGGUUUUAACGAUGGUGGUGUUAUCUACUCAAUAUGAAGGCUGUUAUUUUCCUAUAGAGAUCAUAAAAACCACAACCGAUGUUGUACCAUAUGUAAUAUUCAAGUGCAAUGCAGGCUUUGAUUCCAGGCCUUGGACUGAACACACAGAUGUAUAAUAGUGUUUGAAAAAUUUGUCAACUUGUCUGAUGUACCGAUGCAUGUUUUUUAUUUAAAACAAAUGUUUCUAAACUGAAAAUUCUCUAAAGGUUUACCUUUCCAUGCAGCAGACUGAAAAAACCACAGUUUCAAUGAGUGUUUAAUGGUUGAUGUUAUGACUUAUUUCUACGUCCCAUUUCACAGGAAAUAUUAGGCAGGACAGCUGUGUUUAAGUAUUAUUUAAGUAACUCAAUCGCGGGCAAAGUGGAAAGAAAACACUGUUUACCUGUGUUCAUAAUCAUGGGUCUGUGUGUUGGGACAGUUUGUCAUCAUUUUGGUCUGUUGCUGAUGUUCAUAGACCCCCAUAGAGGAUCUUAGACCGGCCCAAAGCAGAUUUUAAGUGCUGCAAAAUGUGUUGGAUUCGGGAAAAACAUCAAACACACAGAGCCUUAUUCUGAUAUGGAAAUAAUUUUAAUUGACACUCAAAAGUGUACUUUUGUAGAUGAAUCUUCCUGUGUUUGUUUUUGUUACAUUUCUUUUUGGUUUUCUGUUAAUUUUGUCUGUUAUGGAUCAAAACUUCACAUUUUUUCCUCUUGUCUGAUCAUUUUGGAACCACAGGCUAUUGGAAGUUUCUGGAUAUUGAUCUGAAUGUCAAAACUUUUUUUUCCCUAUAGAUGAUUAAAAAACAUGAGAAUACUGACAGAGCAGGCAACAGAGUUGAACAAAAACAGAAUACUAUAACCUUCACUUGUAAAGAUAUUAGGUAAAGGGAAAUCCUUGAUGGUUACUACACAACAACAUACACAUUUCUUUUAGUUUCAUCUCAAGUAUUGAACUUCCCUGUCCUCCGAACUGUGUGUUGUAAAAUAAUUGCUAUCAAUUGACUUGGAUUCAUAUAUAGUUGUGGCUAUAUUAGUCAUCAGAAGAUCAUCAAAUGGGUGAACUGCUGCAACAGUCAGGAAGCUGCUGUCUUGUUUGUGUUACCUGCUGUAAAGACACUAGCUGUGGACAUUUUUAAGCGCUCCAACUUUCUUUUCUUUUUUUUUUUUUUAAACGUGUCGUCAAUAUGACAACCAUAAUCUGAUUUAUAUUCAGGCAGCAUUGGGACACCUUCAUGUCCUUAAUAUAAAGCUAUGUUUAAGGUGCUAGACAUUUCAAUUUCUACAUUUUGUUUGCCCAUUUUUUUUGACAAAACAGUGUAAACAUAAAUAAUACAUAUAAAUAUAUAUAUAUAUUUUGCCACAUUUCAGAGUUUAUUGUGAUUAUGGCGACAAAUCUAACAAGAUAAAGACCUGGUGGGGACUGACAGCAUUUACAGCCACACUCAUGCUGUGCAGUCCCUGUUGUGGAUUUUUUUCGUUGAAUGUUCUUACUGGACAUGUUUCCCGGACUUUUAAGAUUUUCCUCAUUUGUGCGAGACAGAAGUGUUGUUUUUAUUACAUUCUUCGUGUUUAUUAAUGUUGUGCUCAAUGCUUUUAUAAUAACACUUAUGUAACGACUUUUUUCUAUUAAAAAACAUGGAACGUUGAACUUGGAUUCUCAUGUUUUUCUUGUGUAAAUAGAAAUCAAAUCGUCUAAUGCUUUUUAGAAUUGAGUCAUGUACAGAUGAAGUUCAUAUUAAAAGAUUCGUGACAAGUA